AUGGCAAGUGUAGAACCGCAGGAGCCAAAUAAUAUUAUUAAUUUGCCGGGGCCGAGUAAUGCAGAUUGCAGCACCUGGAGUCGUGACAUAGGAAACAUCAGUACUAUAGAUACAAGGUCUCAACCACCUGAGUACCAUCAAAUUGUACCCACUCUCCGCUCAAAUAUUGAACAAAUGAGAAAAUGUAUUUCCAUCGACUUAUUAUCUGCCAGCCAGAGGGAAGCCAAUUUCUUGCGAAUGAUCGAUCGUAAAGCUCCAAUACUUUAUGAACAAAGUGUCAUCGAAAAUGCUGUCCGUCGCUACGAGUGUUUUUGGCUUCCUAUGCAGGCAGCACGACCAGAUAUCAGAAAUAUACCGCCUUUGGAUGUUCAUUGGGUGUGGCAUUGUCAUAUGCUUAGUCCAGUACAUUAUCAGCAGGAUUGUGAAACGAUAUGUGGAACCAUGGUUGAUCAUAAAUUAUUCAGUUCGGAUGAAAUUCAACAACGAUACGAACAGUCCGUUAGUGUUUGGCAAAGUUUUUGCGGUGAUGAACCUUACGAUUUUUUAAAUUCCAAAAUCAAUAACAAUCAGCCAUACCAAUCAAAAUCAUCUUAUGAUAUCGCCGCUGCGGCACAACGACAGCGUAAUUUUAAUUAUCAGAUCUCACUACCGCACUAUACGUCACCAAAAUUUAUUAGUGAUGCUGUAGAACGAUACCUCAAUUUUCUGUUGUUGAAACAAACUUACACAGAUCAAUUUUUAACACCUUGCUAUGAUUUUGAUAUUGUAUGGCAUACACAUCAGGUUCAUCCGCAUUGUUACCUGCGUGACUGUACAGCAAUUUUCGGUUGGUUAAUGAAGCAUGAUGAUACGGUGAAUGAUCGUAAUAAGAAUAGUAAGCUGCUCAAAGGUGAAGCGAUGACGAAACGGCUUUGGUCUGCGCAUUUUCAAACUGGAUUCUGGCGCAAAGGUUCAAUGUACAGAGGACAUCCAGCGCCGUCUUUUUUGGGUUUUGAAAAGCAAGAUUUGAGUAGUAUUACUUAUGGCCAAAUGCACAUACCGUCAAUUACUCUUCGUGAAAUUCCAUUGCAACGAGAACAAGUCCGUUUGAAAUUAUUAUACGGAAAUAAAAAAGUUACAACGUUUAAUGCGGAUCUCACUUCAAAACAGAUGACAAAGUCUGGUUUCUCAUUAGUGUGGCAGCCAACUGAGGUUUCUGCAAACUCAUCAGUCGUGAAAUUCCCAUUUGAACGGCGCAAUCCAAAAGAAUUAUUUCUUGAAUUGGAACUUUUCGAUAAAGUGUUUCUGCAAAGGAAAGACGUAGUUAAGUUAACUGGACUAAUUUCCUUGGAACAGUUACUCCCACUUCCGAAUUCAAAAGUAUCCCAAAACGUUGCUCAAGUUACUGUAAAAAGUCGUGAAUCAGAUGGAGAUUUGAAAGCGAAGGUCAGCGUUACGACAAAUUUAUCGUUGAAUCGCGAGCUGCAACUUAUUGUUGGUGAAUUUGUGCAACAGGAACUGAUCCCAGAGAGCCGUUUAUGGUUUUUAUGUCAAUCGGCAGCACUAAACCGCGCCGGUCUACAGUCAUCAGCAAUUAUUCAUUUAGCCACACAUACAUUAGUGGAUUCUCGUGAUGGUACAAAAUAUACUGUCCAAGUGGCACAUAGUGCCUCACUACUGUUAUCAAUGAUACUGGUUUACGGUUGGCAACAACAAUUACUCUGUAUGGCUCAUUUAAUAGGUGCCGAUAGUCUCCCUUCAAAAGAUCAACUGGAUACUGAUCUCCAAUUUCUACCUCACUUGUCAGCACCAGAUGAGCGAGCAAUUGCCGUGAUGAAUAAGGACGGUGAUUUCGCUAUUGUUAAAGGGAAAUGGAUUGGUUUCAGCCGUAAAGUUUCAGGUGACAAAGAACAGAAAGCAAAAUCUGGAAAUCCCGGGAAAUUGCAGGUGGAUGCAUUCAACUUGUUAAAAAAUACGGUACAAAAGUUCGAAAUUCCGGGUCCUGAAGGAAGCACACUCUUCGUCAUAGGAGAAGCACAAGCACGUCUGCCAAGCAAAAGAAUACAAUGUCGAUCAAUACAAACUGCCGAACACCUCGCUUGUGUCUUUAGUGUCGCAACUUUGUUCGUACUUUGUAAUCCUGAUAAGAUUCGUUCACAUAGUGAUGCGAACAGUAUUGCACAUCAGUGUCAUAAAUGGCCUUUGACAUUAGCGUGCGGUUAUGGAAAAGCAUUACCAUCUAACAGGCACUUAAAUUCACACCAAGAAAUUAACGAAGAAUUGGACAUGACUGCUGCAAUGAUUGCUGUUUGCGCAGGAAGUUGCGACGACGGUGCAUGUGGAGCAUGUGGUGCUUGCGGUGCUUGCGGUGCAUGUGGUGGUUGUGGUGGUUGCGGUGGUUGUGGCGGUUGCGGAGGCUGUGGAUAAUAAACACUAUGAUAACUUGAAACUUCACUAUUCAAUACCAUUACUACAGCUGUUAUGGCUUCCUUUCUUUAGUUCUGAAUACAGUGUAACAAUAGUGCGAUGGGUAUGCCGAACAUUUUGGAGUUCUCACUUCAAUUUUUAUUAGUUAGAUUGUUUGGAGUAAUUGUUUAUAUAGCUAAUACACACUAACAAAGCAAAUUUGCUG